AUGGCUUCGACUACAGUUAUUGAGACUGUGACUAUAACAAGACCACUAAAGGUGAUCGCGCUCAUAUGCGGCUUGUUAGUAGUGAUUCUGAUGGUACUGGGUCUGGCGUCGGCCGACUGGCUGAUGGCUGCCGGCUGGAGACAAGGCCUCUUCAUGCACUGUAUAGACCCUGAAGCACCCACGCCCUUGCCCUUCGAUAUAACUGCACAGCCCGGCUGCUAUGCUGCUAGACCCGCGCCUUAUAUUAAAGCGGCAGCCGGGCUGUGCGUGGCGACAUUGGCAGCAGAUGUCUGUGGCGCCCUCCUGACAGGGUUGGGUCUUCGGUCGGCAGACCACCGCACGAAGUUCCGAUACUAUCGGUUCGCCGUGCUCGCUAUGUCGCUAGCCCUAAUGUGCAUUUUAAUAGCGUUAGUGAUCUACCCGGUCUGCUUCGCUGCGGAGUUGAACCUGGGUAAUAGAUCGGUAUGGGAAUUUGGCUGGGCGUACGGUGUUGGGUGGGGCGCCGCCAUCUUCCUGUUCGGUGCCGUCGUCUUGUUACUCUGUGACAAGGAGAGCGAGGAGCUCUACUACAAGGAGCGGAAAGUGGUGAGCGCGGAGCCGGGCGCGCGCCCCUAG